UUGAUUAAUUCUGAAAAAUGAAUCCAAUGUCCAGAGAAGAAAUUAAUAUUAGACGACUUUUAACAAGAUGUGAAUUGAUGGCAAAAGAUGAUCCUCAUAAGGAUUGGAAACUUGAAAAGUACAUCCUUGCCUUGGAUGAUAUGAUAAAACAUUUACAAACAUUACCAAGCAAAUCAUCUAAAGAUACCAUGAUAGGAUACAUUAAGCGAACAGAUUUUUUGAAAGGAUUAGUAAAUACAACAAAACUUACAAAUCCAGUAGAUAGAGUUGUAGCUGUACAAAUGUUACCGAAAAGUUCUACAACAUUUAAUGAUUCAAUAGGUCCAAACAUAGCAACUCAAAUACAUCAAAAAACAUCAGCAAAAUAUAACAGAGAAUUACGAGCUGAAUUAUUUCAUAAUGAUAAAGGAGUGUUAGAGGAUGGUAUACGGCAAAGGUUAUCUUCCACAAAUAUGCAAGAUGAUGAUUUAGAUGCCUUAUUAAAGUAUAAUAGAAAUAUUCAGGAGAAAAUUGCAGAAAAUAUGCUUUCAAUGACUAGUAGCAUGAAAGAACAUGCUUUAGCAGCAAAUGCUAUUAUAAAAAAAGACAUUAGCUCGCUUGAAAGAUCUGACAAAUUAACUGAUGCUAAUACAGAUAAAUUAAAAACAGAAUCAUUAAAAUUGCAAGAGCAUACACAAUCGUAUUGGAGAUGUUGGAUGUGGGUAAUGAUAGCCUUUGUUUUAGUUGUAUUUUUUAAUAUGGUAUUAUUUAUGAAACUUGCCAAAAAGAAAAUUUAG